AUGCUCUCCAAUGGAAUACCUUGUGUAAAACCACUUGUUGUUUCUCAUGACGGAUCAUGGCCAGAUGUAGACUACAUUUGGAAUAAUUAUCCAGAUGUAUCUUGUAUCUUGGCUGACACUGAUGUUUGUGCCCAAUAUACCUUUUAUUUUAAUGGACAAGUUGAGAACUCGACCUACUUUUGCACGAGAGCUGUAGACCAAUUCGGCACUGCUAUAACAAGUGGAUGUCACCAACAAGUAAACGGGAGCUCUAUAACAGAAAUCUGUUUGUGCCGAUCAUUACCUGGUCAACCACCUUGUAACAACAGUUUUUUACCGUCUAUUAACUUUUUAACAAUUGCUGUAACUGCCAUGGUAUUUUUAAUUCAAUUUGUUGUAAAUAAUGCUUAG